GCAAGCUCUCUUUUUCUCUCUUCCAUCCAAUUCUCUUCGCCUCCCGGUCGCUUAUCUGAUUCAUAAUCAGCAAAGAAGGAGAUCACAAUAAAAUCACAGCACCCACGAUCUCUGGAAGCCUAGUCCCUACCUGCACAUCUAUAUUAGUUCGCAACCAUGUCACCCAAAUAUACCAUCACUGAUCUCCUACCCCUCCCAAAUUCCUCCGUCCAGAUACCCCGCCUCGGUUUCGGAGUCUACCGUUCCCACGCCGACAAAUGCGUCAGCUCCACCGCUCACGCCCUGAAGGUUGGGUACAGGCACAUUGACACCGCGCAAUUCUAUGGAAAUGAGAAGGAGGUCGGCGAUGCGCUCCGCUCGUCGGGCCUGGCCCGCAGCGACGUGUUUGUGACCACUAAGAUCCUCAGCCCCGCCGGGUCCCCCGAAGCUACCUACGAGAAGCUGGUGGCCAGUGUCGAGAAGAUCGGAGGCAAGGAUGGAUACGUGGAUCUGUUCUUGAUUCACAGCUCCAAGUCCGGCUCGGCGGGUCGGAAGGAGCUGUGGCAGGCCUUGGAACGGCUGUUGGAGGAGGGUAAGACCAAGGCUAUUGGAGUCAGCAACUUCGGCAUCAAGCACAUCGAGGAACUGAAGUCAUUCGCCAAGGUCUGGCCGCCACACGUCAACCAGAUUGAGCUUCACCCCUGGUGCCAACAACGCGAAAUCGAUGCCUACUGCAAGCAGAACGGAAUCAUCGUCGAAUCUUACUGCCCGCUCGUCCGCAACUAUAAAGCCAACGACCCUACGCUGGUCGAGGUGGCUCAGAAGUACAACAAGUCCACUCAGCAAGUGUUGGUUCGCUACGCACUCCAGAAGGAGUGGGUUCCUCUACCCAAGUCGGAGACCCCAGAGCGCAUUGCCGCCAAUGCAGAUGUAUUCGACUUCGAGAUCAGCAAGGAGGAUAUGAAAGUCCUGGAUGGUCUGGACCAGGGUAGCGGUGGGGCCAUCGUGGAGGCCGUCGAGAACGAGUAG